AGGGAGGAGGGGACCAUGCGGGGCGUGAGGCUGGCGCUGUGGCUGGCGGCAGGGCUGGCCCUCCUCGGGCCCAAGGGCCACCUCUCCUCCUCCUCCGCCGCCGCCGCCGCCUUCGAGUACGACUACGCUUACCACGACUUCCACCAGGAGGAGGAGGAGAAGGGCGAAGGCAUCGACUACAAGGAUCCCUGCAAAGCAGCUGUCUUUUGGGGAGAUAUUGCCUUAGAUGAUGAAGACUUAAAAAUCUUUCAGAUUGACCGGACAAUUGAUCUCACACAGCAUUCAAAUGAGAGAGAGAGACAUAACACGGGUGGCUUUGGAGAGCAUGGAGUAUCAAAAAAAAGUGAUGCCCUCUAUCAGCUUAUAGACAGGAUAAGAAGGUUUGGCUCAGGUUUUGAACAAAGUAAUGUAACUAAGGGAAGAGUAGCUCCAACAUUCUCAGAGAGCAUUGAGAGAAAAAGGAUUCCCAGAGCAGCUACAUCACGCACAGAAAGAAUAUGGCCAGGAGGUGUCAUUCCAUAUGUCAUAGGAGGAAAUUUCACAGGUAGCCAGCGAGCAAUGUUCAAGCAAGCAAUGAGGCAUUGGGAAAAAUAUACCUGUGUUACAUUCAUUGAGCGAAGUGAUGAGGAAAGUUACAUUGUGUUUACAUACCGGCCUUGUGGGUGCUGCUCUUAUGUAGGUCGAAGGGGCAAUGGACCUCAAGCAAUUUCUAUUGGCAAGAACUGUGAUAAGUUUGGAAUUGUUGUUCAUGAGCUGGGACAUGUUAUAGGUUUUUGGCAUGAACACACAAGGCCAGAUCGAGAUGAUCAUGUAACAAUCAUCAGAGAAAACAUCCAGCCAGGUCAGGAAUACAAUUUUUUGAAGAUGGAGCCUGGAGAAGUGAAUUCUCUAGGGGAGUCAUAUGAUUUUGAUAGCAUUAUGCACUAUGCCAGGAACACCUUCUCAAGGGGAAUGUUUCUGGAUACAAUACUUCCUUCCCGUGAUGAUAAUGGAAUCCGGCCAGCCAUUGGUCAGCGCACACGAUUAAGUAAAGGAGAUAUUGCACAAGCAAGAAAACUUUACAGAUGUCCAGCAUGUGGUGAAACACUGCAAGAGUCUACAGGAAACUUUUCCUCUCCAGGAUUUCCAAAUGGCUAUCCUUCAUAUACACAUUGCAUAUGGAGAAUUUCAGUGACUCCAGGAGAGAAGAUUGUUUUAAACUUCACUACGAUGGACCUCUAUAAGAGCAGCCUCUGCUGGUAUGACUACAUUGAAGUAAGAGAUGGCUACUGGAGGAAGUCACCUCUGCUUGGCAGGUUCUGUGGGGAUAAACUCCCAGAUGUCCUCACAUCUAGUGACAGUAGAAUGUGGAUCGAGUUCCGUAGCAGCAGUAACUGGUUGGGGAAAGGUUUUGCAGCUGUUUAUGAAGCAAUUUGUGGAGGUGAAAUACACAAAAAUGAAGGACAGAUCCAAUCUCCUAAUUAUCCUGAUGACUACAGACCAAUGAAGGAAUGUGUGUGGAAAAUAACAGUGUCAGAGAACUACAAUGUUGGAUUAACCUUUCAGGCAUUUGAGAUCGAGAGACAUGACAACUGUGCCUAUGAUUAUUUAGAAGUUCGAGAUGGAACCAGUGAAAACAGCCCUUUGAUUGGCCAUUUUUGUGGCUAUGAUAAACCUGAAGACAUACGAUCUACCUCUAACAACCUGUGGAUGAAAUUUGUUUCCGAUGGAACAGUGAACAAAGCAGGGUUUGCUGCUAACUUUUUUAAGGAGGAAGAUGAAUGUGCCAAACCUGACAAUGGUGGAUGUGAACAGCGGUGUGUUAAUACAUUGGGCAGCUAUCAGUGCGCAUGUGAUCCAGGAUACGAACUUGGGCCUGAUAAGAAGAGUUGUGAAGCUGCUUGUGGAGGACUUUUGACCAAACUGAAUGGGACUAUAACUACACCAGGAUGGCCCAAAGAAUAUCCUCCUAAUAAAAACUGUGUGUGGCAAGUGGUUGCUCCUACCCAAUAUAGAAUAUCAGUGAAGUUUGAAUUUUUUGAAUUGGAAGGAAAUGAAGUGUGCAAGUAUGAUUAUGUUGAAAUCCGUAGUGGCCUUUCUUCUGAUUCCAAACUGCAUGGCAAAUUUUGUGGUACAGAAGUGCCUGAAGUUAUUACAUCACAACUGAACAACAUGAGAAUUGAGUUCAGAUCAGAUAACACAGUUUCAAAAAAAGGUUUCAAGGCUCACUUUUUCUCAGAUAAGGACGAAUGUUCAAAGGACAAUGGUGGCUGCCAGCAGGAAUGCAUCAACACUGUAGGGAGCUAUGUAUGUCAGUGUCGAAAUGGAUUUGUGCUACAUGAAAACAAACAUGACUGCAAGGAAGCUGAGUGUGAACAGAAGAUCCACAGUCCAAAUGGAAUUAUCACAAGUCCUAACUGGCCUGACAAGUAUCCAAGUAGGAAGGAAUGCACAUGGGAAAUAAGUGCCACUCCUGGACACAGAAUCAAAAUAGUUUUUAAUGAAUUUGAAAUUGAACAACAUCAGGAAUGUGCGUAUGACCAUUUGGAGGUGUUUGAUGGAGAAACAGAAAAGUCUCCAAUACUUGGUCGUUUGUGUGGAAAUAAGAUACCAGACCCCCUCGUUGCCACUGGAAAUAAAAUGUUUCUUCGGUUUGUUUCUGAUGCAUCAGUACAAAGAAAAGGCUUCCAAGCUACACAUUCUACAGAAUGUGGUGGCCGCCUUAAAGCUGAAAGUAAGGCAAGAGACCUCUAUUCUCAUGCUCAAUUUGGUGAUAACAACUAUCCUGUUCAAGCAGACUGUGAAUGGCUAAUAGUGUCAGACCGUGGCUAUCGAAUAGAAUUAACUUUUCAGACUUUUGAGGUGGAAGAAGAGGCAGACUGUGGUUAUGACUACCUAGAACUCUUUGAUGGUCAUGAUAAAGCUGCUCUGAGACUUGGUCGGUUUUGUGGAUCAGGGCCACCUGAAGAAAUGUAUUCAGCAGGUGAUUCGAUUUUACUUCAUUUUCACACAGAUGAUACAAUCAACAAAAAAGGAUUCCAUAUACGAUACAAAAGUAUAAAAUAUCAAGAUAAUGUUCACACCAAAAAAUAACACAAGAUCCUUAGACCACAAAACAAGGCUGAGAGAGCAAUUUAUGGAACGAGAGACCAUGCAAAAGAAAGAGGAAUGGGAUUGGGGGAAAACUGUCAUUAUUAAUAUAUAAAUGUUUUUACACCAUGAGUUCAAGUGAAGGAAAGCUGAAACAUCUCACUUAAAUAAAUAUAGUCAUAUUCAAGAAGAACAGACAUUAUGGUGGUGAUGUGUGGUCUCCAUACACAGCUGUCUCUGCAUAGCUGGUGAAACAGUAUUCCAUACUUCCAAGGAGACUAUAAGAGCUUUGUUCUCAGCUUGACAAGUGUCAUAGUUGCCUGAAUACUCAACUACUUAGAUUCAGGGAACUGAUCCUGCAGACUUGGCUUCAUUUUAAGAAGUAACUGAUGUCAAGGAGAAGAAUGCCCACCAUCUGCAGGUCAUGCACACAAAAUGCUGUCUUUAUAUCUUAUUCUAAUUGCUUUGGUGGUAUAUACAGGAUAUGAUGCAUACCAACAAAAAUCAGGAAAUGGAGAGGGGGGCAAUAAUUUGAGAUUAUUCAAUACUCAUAAUUCAUCUGUCCCAUCAAUGUACUAAAUGUCAUUAAAACAAACUGGAAAUCUGUGUCUGCUAAAUCAUUAGUUCUUCAGAGAGUGUUGAUUACAGCAACACAUUGGAAGCUUUUUAACUUCAUCAUAAUUAAAAUACCUCCAGAAUUUGGAAACUGUCAGUGACUUGAGAGUUUUAUUAUUGUUGAAGGACUCGGUAUCUUCUGAACUCUUAUAUUUUAGAUGGAGGACCAUAUGGAAAAGGUUCUUUUACAAGACUGCUCCAAAACUUUAUGCGAAGAGAACUGAAAUAACCAGAAUGAGAAUAAUCCCAAAUGUCAGUUAUGGAUUCAGUUUCAGUAGUAAUGAACUUCUAAUGUACAUUUCUUUGGAAAUGUUUGUGAAUGAGCUUGUAAUUAUUUUUUCAAAACCAGUCAAAGAUGGAACAAAUAAGAUUUCCCCCUCCCCCAAAUCAGAUUUCUCAAGCCAUGCAGGGGGGAGCCCCAGGAGAGGGGGAGUGUUUUCUGGAAACAAGACUUUUGUGAUGGCAAAUCUCAUUUCUAUGGUGCUAUUCUAUGAACCUUUUAAAAAUCCCCAUAACCCAGAUGUUCUAGAACUUUGAGCCAACAACUUGCAGAUCAUGAAUGUCUCACUAUGCCUGGCUGCAUUUUAAGAAAACAGACUUUCUAAGCGUGUGAAAAGGAGAAUUGGAACAGCAGCCCAAGCCCUGUGGAACAACUACUACUAUUGCCUUAGAAUACUUGCACAUGGUCAUACAGAUCUUCCUGUAGAUAUACAUCUGAUUUGAUAAAGAACUUGACAACCUGAACAUUUUAAAUGUGUGUCCAGAGAAGUGACCCUCAAGUGAAUUCUCAUCUGCAGAAAUAGAUCAUCAUUUGUAAAUACAGUGGACUUGUUAUGAUGUAGAAAUAUGUUACUUCUAGAAUCAACUCUUGUAUGUGCUUUAGGCCAUACAUGGCUUUAGUCACAAUCUAUAUGCAUCAUGUAAGUAUGUAUGAAUGAGUGCUUUAAGAGAGUGAGAAAUGUUGUGUAUGAACAGACAGGUAAUUUGUACUUCAUGUGCCAAGUUAUACCAGAAUCCAGAUUGACUGUAGCAACAUUCUUUAAUAAACAGGACUUCAAUAAAGAACCAAGAACUAAUGACAUUUUAUGUCCCCAUUUCAAAUAAAUAUUUUGAUAUCAUUUGAAGUUGGUUGCUACUCAGCUUAGUUUUUUCCCCUUAUCAUGAUCAUACACUGGCAUUAAUAAAUGUGUUUUGUUUUUUAAAAAAGAUAAAAUA